ACAACCCAGAAAAGAAGAGGGUUAAAAAAAUUCUUGAUCCUUUUAACUAUUAUCAGCAAUAUUGUUACGUAUAAUGCAUGGCAAAUACUUACAAGAUUGUAAAUUGGACCAUAGGUAUCAAAAGAAAACACAUCCAAUAGUUUCUCCAAAUGCAUGUAACAUAAUAUAUUGACCCUUUUCUUCUAUUUGAAGAAUGAAAUGCCUAGGAAAUUAAAUGGGAUUUUUUUGGUUUAACAUUCUCUGAAUAAUUUGGGGAGAAUCGAAAAAAUGGAAGGUGGCGAGGAAGUAAUGCAGGGGCGUGAAGAGAGGAUUUUUGUAUCGGUGAGGCUAAGGCCAUUGAAUGAGAAAGAGGAGAGAAAUGAUGUUUCAGACUGGGAAUGUGUCAAUGAUACAACAAUUAUAUACAAGAAUAUUAGCCUUUCGCCAUCAGAACGCUUAAUUUAUCCCUCUGCAUAUACGUUUGACAGGGUAUUUAGCAGUGAUUGCUGUACAAGACAGGUCUAUGAAGAAGCAGCAAAAGAAGUUGCUCUUUCAGUUGUCAAAGGAUACAAUUCAAGUAUUUUUGCCUAUGGCCAAACCAGCAGUGGAAAGACCUACACUAUGACUGGAAUAACUGAAUAUGCCAUAGCAGAUAUCUACGAAUGCGUACAGAAGCACAAAGAGAGAGUCUUUAUUUUGAAGUUUUCUGCUAUGGAGAUAUACAAUGAAUCUGUCAGAGAUCUCCUUAGUGAAGAUAGUGCUCCACUUAGACUUCUUGACGAUCCAGAGAGAGGGACUGUUGUUGAGAAACUCACAGAGGAAAUAUUGAGGGACUGGGGCCAUGUGAUUCGGCUACUUUCUAUUUGUGAAGCUCAGAGACAGAUUGGGGAGACUGCCUUCAAUGAAACAAGCUCCAGAUCUCACCAAAUCAUCAGACUGACAAUUGAAAGUUCUGCUCGUGAGCACUUAGGGGGGGACAACCUGGGUACCCUUUUAGCUACUGUGAAUUUUGUUGAUUUGGCUGGAAGUGAGCGGGCAUCUCAGUCGUUGUCAGCUGGUGCAAGACUGAAAGAAGGUUGUCACAUAAAUCGCAGCUUGCUGACCCUGGGCACUGUUAUUCGUAAGCUAAGCAAGGAUAGGACUGGUCACAUUCCUUUCCGAGAUUCAAAGCUAACCCGGAUAUUACAGCCAUCAUUGAGUGGCAACGGUAGAACUGCCAUCAUCUGUACAAUGAGUCCUGCACGAAGUCAUGUUGAGCAAUCAAGAAAUACUCUACUAUUUGCAAGUUGUGCUAAGGAAGUAACUACUAACGCCCAAGUGAACGUAGCCAUGUCAGAUAAAGCAUUGGUGAAGCAUUUACAGAGGGAGUUAGCAAGGUUGGAAAGUGAGUUAAGGUAUCCAAGGGCUUGUAUAUUCCCUUCAGAUUACGAAGCGUUACUGCGAGAGAAGGACCUUCAAAUACAACAGCUGGAGAAGGAGAUAAAGGACUUAAUUUUGCAACGUGAUAUUGCUCAGAGUCAAGUUAAAGAUCUGCUGAAAGGGCUUGGAGAUGAUGUAAUACAGGUUGGUCUAGGACACUACCCAAAUUUGCGCGUGAAGAGAUCACCGGAUUUUCAAAGCCCAAUGCAGCAGAUUUCCAUUUUGAGAGACACUCGUUACAUAGAUGUUGAUGUUAGAACACGUUCAAUUGGACAUAGCAGGAGUAGCUCUGAAGAUCAGAUUAUACACGUGCCAGAGUUUGAAGAAACCAUAUUUCGCAACAAUACAUUUCCAAUGCUAUUACCUGGAAGUUCAAAUUAUAGCAGAAGUGAUUCAUGUCAGGGAUGGGAUGAAGUUGAAAAACAAAGUAAUGAGACUUCUGAGGAUCUAUGCAAGGAAGUUCGUUGCAUUGAAACAGAAGAAUCGAGUGUGAAGGGAACACAAGAAUCCAAUUAUUCAUUUCCUGAACAAAAUGGUGGCUUUCCAGCUUUAGUAACCAUUGUAAAUCGGGAGAGAACAAAUCAGGGAACAUUAUUACCUCCAGACAAUGGAUACAGAAGAUCGGUGACACCUCCACAUAAGGAAAACGGGGAACUGAAACCAUUACCCUUUAAAGAAGACCAAGAAUCAGUGUCAUCUUCAUUUUUCGCGGAAGAAAGGAAAUCCAAUAGAGAAUUGGUGUCACUUUUCUUAAGGGUUGACCAAGCCCUUGAAUCACCAAAGUUCAAGGAAGAGAAAGAAUUGACUUGUGUUCAUUCCUCAAAUGCUCCUCCAGAAAAGUUAUCCUCACAAUGUGAAUUCAAUGAUGAUACAUUGUGCAAUAGAAACUUGAAGUUAUCUAAAAGUAAAAGCUGCAAAGCUAGUAUAAUUACUGAUCGAUCUUCUCCAUGCUUAGAGGAAUCCAACAGAAAUAAAAGUACACCACCAUCUGAACCAGCAAGAAGUUUCAAUGCAAGACCUCAGGAUUCAGAAAUGGAAGUUUCUCACCUGAACUUUGGCUCUGAUGUUAAGUGUUCAGGAAAUGGUUCCUCCUUCCAUGCACAGAGUGCCUUCAAUGUUGAGCUUGAAGUUCCAGAAAGGAAACCUUUAACUGAUGAGGAUGUCAAUGAUGCUGAUGGUGCAUGGGAUGCAAGGAUGAAUGGAAUGGAUGAGCUUCAACAUGAAAUGGAUGUCAAAGAUUGCAAUAUUCAGGAGGCUGAACUAGAGCAUGAUAUACCGUCAAAAAGUGUGAGAGAUGUUGGAGUGGAGCCAGCAGAAGAUGAUUAUAAAAGUCGUUACAGCUGGCCCUUAGAAUUCAAGAGACUUCAAAAAGAGAUUAUUGAACUUUGGCAUGCUUGCAAUGUCUCCUUGGCACAUAGAACCUACUUCUUCCUUCUUUUCCAAGGUGAUUCCACAGAUGCUAUAUAUAUGGAGGUUGAAAUUAGAAGAUUAACCUUCCUCAAGGACACAUUUUCACGUGGAGAGAAAACCGUGGUGAAUGGUAGGACUUUGUCACUGGAGGGAAGCAAGAAAGAUCUGCGAGAAGAGAGAAGGAUGCUGAGCAAGCAAAUGCAGAAAAAGUUAAGCGAAGCAGAACGAGACGGCCUAUACCUUAAGUGGGGGAUUGGGAUCAAUAGCAAAAGAAGGAGGUUACAAUUGGCUCAGCAAUUAUGGACCAAGACAGAUGAUUUGAACCACAUUGCAGAUAGUGCAUACUUGGUAGCAAAGCUGGUUGGUUUGAUGGAACCAGGAAAAGGUCCUAAGGAGAUGUUUGGACUUGAUUUUCCAAAUACAAGUAGCAAUUACAGUUUCAAAACAGGACUGAAAUCUCUUUUGUAAUAGUAUUGAGGAAGAUCUAAUGAGACGAAAUUACUUGGUGAAGGCUGCAUCAAUCUUCCAGCUCCAUUUUUCUUUGAUGUUCUGAUUUUAAUAUUAGUUGAGCCAAUUUUCUCCAGCUCUCCCUUUUCUUUUUUCUUUUUCUUUUUUUGGUUUUUUCCGCUUUUGUCAUACUGAUUGUAAUGAGUUUUAGUUUUGUACAGGAGGCCCAAAUAAAUAUUACUUGUUGAAGAAUCUUUCACUAA